AUGCCUCCUAAAAAUGUGACUGAACUUGUUCUCUUGGGACUCACACAGAAUCCACACUUACAGAAAAUACAGUUCAUUGUCCUUUUGUUCAUUUUCCUGUUCACUGUGAUGAUCAAUUUGCUCAUUGUCAUCACCAUCUCACUCAGCUCCAUACUGUCAAAAGCUGCCAUGUACUUCUUUCUCACUCACUUGUCCUUCAUAGAUGCCACCUUGACCUCUGUCACCACCCCCAAGAUUACCAUUGACCUUCUGUACCAGAGGACAGCCAUCUCCUGGGGUGCCUGCCUGACUCAGCUCUUUUUAGAACACUUCCUCGAAGGAUCAGAGGUCAUUGUCCUCACUGUCGUGGCCUAUGGCCGCUACGUGGCCAUCAGCAAACCUCUGCGCUACACGACCAUCACGCGACAGGGGCUCUGCCAGCUCCUGGUGGUGGUGGCCUGGAUCAGGGGGAUCCUGUAUGCCACUGUGCAGAUUCUCUUCAUGUUCAUGUUCAAUCUGACCUUCUGUGGUCACAGUGUCAUUGACCACUUCAUGUGUGAUUUCUUCUCACUGAUGGAACUUGCCUGCAGCGACACCUACAGACUUGGAAUGGUGGUGGCAGCUAACACAGGGGGCAUGUGCUUGCUCAUUUUUUCCAUGCCACUUGUCUCCUACAUAGUCAUCCUGAGCUCUUUGAAAUCGCAUAGCUCUGAAGGACAACGCAGGGCCCUCUCUACAUGUUGCUACACUUUGCAGAAGUGGUACUUUUUUUUUUGGUCCGUGUAUAUUCACCUACACGCGUCCUGUGGUCACUUAUCCUGCCGACAAGUGGGUGGCUGUGUUCUUUGCAAUCCUCACUCCCCUGUUAAAUCCUAUCAUUUGCACAGUGAGAAAGGCAGAAGUGAAAAAUGCUGUGAGGAGUUUGUUGAAGAGGAGAGUAACUUAAGCUAUUCACAAUGCCAUGAAAGUGAUGAUUUAUAUACAAACGGAGGAUUAUAUCUGUUAUAA